AUGAGCGAAACUCCCUUAGUUCUGCGCCCAAAGAACGCAGGGUCUGAGUUUGGUAACUUGCCUUACCAGUACAUACCACUCAGCGCUGGGCAGAUAAGGCUGCUACGCCUCAACGCCGGCCAAGAAGGGGAUCAGUUAAAUGGCGAGCUCAUUGCCAAAAGCUUGGAAGAGCUUCCUCCACGACAAAAAUCAGGCACUGCAGCUCAAGUAGAUCUGUUAGACCCAGAAAAUACGUUUGCUUUGACGCGAUCUCCUAUGUUUGGGGCGAGUCAACCUUCACAGACACCUUCUUCACCCCCCCAGGGAUCCAUCCCCAUAACAGCAUCACUCGCUUCUAUUCUACGGCGGCUUCGCGACGAGGAAAAGUCCCAUAUUUACUGGGCUGAUGGCCUUUGCAUCAAUCAGUCAGAUAUGGCUGAGAAAGAAGUCCAAGUGUCUCUCAUGGGCAUCAUUUACAGCUCUGCCAUAAAGGUUCUGUGCCAUAUUGGCGAAGAAACAGAGAACUCCACCAUUAUACUAGACGCCAUGGAGCGCUAUUGGAAACGAAACAUCCGUCGCGGACUUGUGUUGGGUCAGGGGGACUCCCUUAUGCUCUCCGGAGAGUCAGCCGCAAAGCUCUUGGAUAUCCCAUACCCGACAGAUGAGGAGGCAGAUGCUAUUGAAGAUGUUAAAGGAGGCGAAUGGCCUGCGAGGUAUCUUGAAUUCAUCUCCGCGCCAUGGUUUCACCGUCUUUGGGUCGUGCAAGAGUUUGUCCUUGGACGUCAUGUACUCAUGAUCGUAGGGCGUCGACACAUACCUUGGGGGCGGCUCUGGGUAGGCACUUUAUGGUUCAAAGGAGUCAAAUGGCCAUGGGACCCUGUAAAGUUCACCAACGAGGACCUAGUAAGCCUUUUCACAUCAUACAACUCCAUGUGUCUCGUUCGUUCAACUCGACUCAUCGAUCUCAACACGUCACAUGGCCGUGAGUUUAACGACAUUGCCCAAGCGCUCCUUAAUGGACUCGAGAUGAAUCAAGUAAGUUUGUCAGUAAGCAUGGUGCUCUUUUCCUCCCACGGCUGCAGUGUGCCGCGAGACCGCUAUUUUGGUAUUCUCGGCAUGGUGGUUGAGCACGACAAAGAGAAAGCACUCAGUCUUCGGCCUGAUUAUACUUGCCCGAUGAGGGACAUAACAAUGCGAUUCUGGAAAUAUGCAUUGCAGACCCAUGCAGGAGGAUCGCUCCUGCUUUGCGCUGGUCUACCUGGUCGUGCCGAAGAAUACCCUUCUUGGAUACGAGAUCUUUCUGCACCAAAACCGAUGAAGCAUGUCUGGAUGGGGCGUCCGGUAUGUACUCCAGGGCAUGCGGCAGGGGGGCCAGCAGACACGUGGUCUAUAUGCUUCAGUAAAGAUGAUAAUGAUCAGUGUUUUGUCCAAGGUUUCCAUAUCGACGAUAUUACAGACAUGUCGCCCAAUGGGGCUUCUGAUCCUUUCAACUUGGUUGCACUGGCUCUCUGGAUUCAAGAAGCGUUCAACUUCUUCACCGGGCCUGAAUCGUCAGUCGGUGACUUAGAUCCACUUCAUCCUCUAACUUCUGAUCCUGUUCGCGAAGCGGCUCUGAAGGUAAUGCUGGAUUACAACGAACAAGACACCAUGAGCCCCGAUGACAAAGAAUUCAAGGCCUUGUUGCGUAUGGGAUUGUCCUUGCCUUCCGUCGCCUUCUCCAAAGAUGCUGAGAACAAAACGACGGGAGAAGAUGCGGAGGAAACAGAGGCCACCGAGGAAGAGACCAUAAUGGGGAGGAUCAUUUCUGGAUUCCAAGAUGAAAGAUCCACUUUAUGGGAGCUAUGCUUUCGAAUACACAAGGUAAGGGGAUUGGGCUUUUAUAAAACCAAGAAGGGUCUCUUUGCUCUGUUGCCAAAGUUCACCCGUCCUGGGGACCCUAUUUGCAUUAUCAAGGGAUGCGGUCUACCUCUUGUACUACGGCGGAGUGUAACCCAUCAUGAUUCAUAUGAGCUGGUUGGAGGUGGCUAUGUGUAUGGGGUUAUGAACGGGGAGAUGCUGGAAAAGCCUGACUUCAGGUGGCAAGAAGUCUCUCUUAGAUAG